AUGACAUUCCCCGACAAAGCCUCAAAGGCGUCCAAGACAACCCUCUUCACCCUCCCCCGAGAACUGCGCGACAUUAUCUACGAAGACGCCUGCGAUGAAGUUGAGGUGACCAUACGCCCUGGCCAUGAUAACAAGCCACGGAGACACGCCCGUCUCUCACCCUAUGCCAAUAUCGGUAUUCUCACCACCUGCACGCAGAUGCGAGCAGAGGCCCAGAAGAUCUACUACCCGAAGACCCUGUUUGCGUUCACCGAUAUCAUGUCUCUGGCAAUCUGGCUACGAGCCCAAGUCCCGCCUGCGCUGCUAGGAAGCAUCAAGACGCUUCGUCUAGCAUGUGGCAGGAUCAAGCAAUUGCCGAUAGUCAUUGCCUAUGCGCGUCGUCAUGUCCACCAGCCAGGACUCUGCAAUCUCCAAAUUGGAUUCUACCAAUCGUUCAGGAAGGACGCGAAAGCAAAGCUCGAGGAGGCGAAGGUCUCGUUGAACAAGAUGUUGGGCACGAACAUGCUCGCCAUCUUGCACCCGGAGGCAAUCCAAGUUCCUGUCGUCAAUGGGAAGUUUGAGGUGGUCUGGACGUGCGAGCCGGACGCAGUCCCGCUCCCCACGUACGAUGAUCUGGUCAAGUUUGUUGGUAAGAAAGGCUGA